GCUACAUAUCGCUUGCAUUCGCGGAUUUUGUGAAAGUAUCUAUUUUAUCAUAGAACUUUAUAAUAUUUACAUCUCUAUUUAUUACCCAUACCUUUAUUCACUUAUUGCCAACACAGUGUUGUGAUUUGCUACUUGGAAAUGUAUUUAAUUACUGCUUUUCUCAAGUGAUAACUUACCUGUUAAAACGCGCCAGAUUUCGACUAAUUAUUUCCUCUUUACUGAGCUCUAAAUGGAUAAUAUAGGAGAAAAUGUCUUUGAGAAGGAUACUACCACUGGACUAACGGAGACUGAAAAUACAGGUCUGGAGGAUGUUGAGGCUAAGCCCGCUGACGUAUCUCAAACAUUGUUCCCCGAUAGUCCCGUUUACGAACCUGAUGAAGAAUUCAGACCAGAUAAUGUAGAGAUACCAAAGAGUGAUACUCAGGAGCAGGAUUCAAAAGAUGACGAGCCAACGUUACACGCGAAAAGAAAGUUGUCAGAGGAGACGGUUGAGAAUGUUGCCAAAAUGCUAAAGUUGGACGAAUUACCUGUCUCCUCACAAACCCUUGACGAAGAAGUUUCAAACAUCACCAGUUUGGUGAAACGUAAAUUAGACGAACUACCCUCUACAUCCAGACUACGAACCCCCACUCGAUCUAGCCCGCGAAAAAUAACUAAACGCAGCAACAGCGUUGAGGUCACCCCAAAAACACCCAAAACACCAAAAUCCCGAUCGGCCAGCGUCGAUAUUUCCAAAACUCGAAAGACACCUCGUAAAGUACCCAUAGAACUGUCCAAAAACGAGCCCAUUGCAGAGGAACCGGUCGAAAUUAAAUCUGAUAGCGCGAAAUCCAAUGGCGAUGUUGAAGAAAAGUUUGCAGAUAUUGCAGAGAAAAAUAUCGACGAUAGUGCGUUGAAUGAUUCGCAAAAUUUCCAUUUAGUCCUCUCCCCAUCUCCGGAAGAUGAAGAUGCACCUAAAACUAAUUACUCCAGCGAACCAACACUGGUACAAGACAGGGUAGAUACGAUUGAGGUCGAUAAAAUCGAAAAAUCCAAAAGCGAUGGCUACAAUUUCUCAGACACAUCAUUCCCAAACCUCAAGGACAAAGGUAGAACCACAGACCAAGAGAGCACAGAUAGUGUUGCGUCUGUUGGCCUAGAAAGCCCAGAACACAUGCCAAACGUCGCCGCCAAACUCAUUUCUAAAUUAUCGAAUGGAAAUUCGUCCACUCCAACCGAAAUAGAUUCGAAAAUUGAGAAUAUCACCCCUGAUACAGCCAAACUGAACCAAAACAAAGGGAAGAAGGGUAAAAAUGACUUGUUCCGAAACAGCAACGCUACUACUCCCUCUACUAUUUCUCCAUUGCAGAAUGGGCAUAGUUUACCCAUAAGUACUCCACAGUUACCGGUUUUUGACAUUCAUGUAAGCCAAGGAGAUGAUUGCGAGUUCUUAUCACUGUACGUUGUCAGAACUGACAACGACGUAGGAGCGGACAUAUGUAAAGAGUAUCAGAGGAUUUCGAAAAGGUUUACCAUCGAUCCCUACAUGGCUGAUGUCUCAGUAAAUAACUCUCCUUCGAGCGUCACAAGCGUUGGAAUGGUUAACCUUCCGAACAGAGUAUCCUUUGCAUCAACUGUUAGCUCCUCCUCCACAUCGAGUAAUAGAACCAGCGAUGGCAAUUUCGUUGUGCCCCAACCGCCUCGCAAAUCCGUAGCCAACCCAUCUACUUCCGUCAAGGGAUACGAUGCCCUAAUGAAGAAACUCCAAGACAUAUUUUCGCAUAUCCGAGACACGUCGGUCGACGAAAUCAACAGGAGCUUAGAAGAUAAAGUAUCUGUGGGUGUCCAAGCUUCAAUAACCGGUGAUUCAAUGAGCAACGGUAACGCCAGUCCAGAGGAAGUCAGCAAAUGCGACAAAGCCACACCAAAGAGCUCCCUAAAGAAGUCCCGAGUGAGAGGUCGCAGACCAAUGGCUGGUAAAACGAAACGCGCACUAUUACCCACUCAAGAGGAGGAACCAGAAUACAUUCAGGGCAUGAAUUCUCCAGAAAUGGUCCCCACAAACGGGGAUUCGGGAAACAAGUCGCCGAAAGAAGAAAAACCCAUCAUUGGCACUCCAAAGUCUGUUUCCAAACUGAAACAGAAGAAGAGGCCAAUUUCACCAAGACCGGCCACUCCGGUAGAGAAAGCUGCAGUCAAAAUGGAGUACCCUGGCUACCCCCCAGACACGGUGGUACUAGCCAAGUGGGUAGACAAGAGAUACUAUUCUGGAAAAGUUCUAGAAAUCACCGAGCCAAACAAGUACCUGAUAAAAUUCGAUGACGGUCACAGUAAGGCGCUACUGGACGAGUUUAUCAUAUUUGGUGACCUCAAGAAGUUGCCGCUUCAGGGACAAUCCGUGUAUGCUAUGGUGGAUGAAGAGCAAAAUUAUGAACCGGGCCUGGUUUUGGAAAUCGACGAGAAUGAUAGCGGAACUGUCACCUACAAGUGCACGACUGAUGGCGACACAAUAGUGAUGGUGACAGCGAGCGAACUAUACUUAACAGAGGACCAGGCUCGCUCGCUGCGCGAGUGGGCGCGCGCCAAGUCGCCCGCGACACCGACCACGCCGCGCCGGCGACACCUGCGAGAGCUGGACCUGGACAAUAUCAUACAGGGCCCGCGUAGCGCUCGCAGUCGAGAUAAGGGUACCUCCAGUGCCAAGAAACGUGUCGCUUCACCCAAGAGCCCUAAAGCAUCUACUUCAGGUGUAAAAACCAAAAGCGUACCCGUCGGUCGGAAGCGUCUGGCGAGCGAGAGCAGCGAGAUGAGCGAGUCCAGCAACUCCGCGCCGCCGGCCCGCCUGGAGGAGGUGGGCGGAGUGGAGCCGGAGCUGCAGCGGACCCCGAGGAAGGUGGAUGGCGUCAGAGCUGGCCCAUUACAACUCAAAGGAGCUGCUAAACAAAAUGUGGGCAAGAAGAACUCGAAACUGGCCAAGUUCGAGAACGAUGAAGACACCGUGUCAAUGCUGGGACCCAUACCCAACCCCGAGAGCAAGAUAUUCACCGGCAUGCAUUUCCUGCUCACCUGCAACGACUCACCCAAACCCAAAGAUAACAAUGACGAUAAGUUCCAGGGUGACAACCGGCAGUACUCGUCUGAGGACGAUAGCGAGGUAUCCGCUCUGGGCACGGACACGGAGGACCUGGUGUUCUGCGCGCGGCCCUUCAACAAGGAACGACUGAGGGAGCAACUCGAGAGUGGCGGCGGAAUCGUGCACAGCCACUUCGACGACGUGCCUCGCAACAAAUACACAGCGUGCAAGCUUGUGGCGCCGCGGCCGUGUCUCACCGCGAAGUAUAUCCUGUGUCUCGCGGCCGACGUGCGCGCGGUGUCACACGCGUGGGUGAUAGCUGCGUGCGCCGCGCGCGCGUUACCGGAUGCGGACGCACACGCAUUACCAGCGGGCUGGUCGCUGCUGCAACGGAGAUUCUCGCCAUGGACGCAACCGUCGGGCAAACGGAACACGUCAAUAUUCAAAGACAAAGUCAUCCUGCUCUGUGGCGACCAGGACUUUGUGAAAUUCUGGGAUCGCGUCUGCACGCUGGCCGGGGCUUCAACCAGAGUUGUCAACGAGGAAGACCUCAACAUGUCCAGUGCAUAUGUGCUGGUCACCGACUGGGAGUGUCCUCAUGAAGUUCAGAACAAGGCCAACGAAGACAGGAUACCGCUGGUUUCCACCACCUGGAUAAACCAGUGCCUCAUCGACGGCAAACUCAUCGCCCCCACCAGCCACGAGCGGUUCUCAUUUAUGUAUACUGAGCCCGAAUGAUCCUGGGACUUCAAAAAAGUGCUCAUUAUACGUGAAAAUUGACACAUAGUGAGUGUGCGCAGUGACGCUUAGUGUUAAGUGGAUGUUGAUCAAAAACUACAAGACUUCUAUUGUUGGCUAUUCGUGUUGAUAAAUCAGUGAAUGUGUAGGUAAUGGAUUACUUAAAAAUAAUUACUUAUUCACUGAAAAUCCUAAAAAUAUGUAAAAAAAUGUGUCAAUAUCUAUGUCUGUUAUCACUGAUUUCGAUGAAAUUUGGCAUGGAGAUACAUUAAGUGGGAAAUUUAAUAAAAAAGUGUGAGUAUACAGUUCCCACGGAUAAUUUAAUUACGGCGGAAGUUGCGAGCAACAUCUAGUAGGCUAUAAGAGCCUGACCAGAUGAGGCGUUUUACGCGCGUACCCGAGAUACUAGAGCUACACAUAUCGCGUCCGCCUACGCGCGUUUUGUUACUCGCGUUUUGUAAAACGCUUGCAAUGAGCGGGACUCUUGAUUCGCCCGUAAAACGCGAGAGCGACGCGCGAGUCGAGAUACCUUGGGUGCCAUGGCAGCGUCCAGUACUACGCGCGAGUCAGUGGCGAAUGGAUGUAUUUGAUUGGAGCGUGAUAACUUCUAGUAUAUGUUUGUUGCGUAAAAACGCACGUAAAACGCGGUAUCUGGUUUCAAUAGAAUUUCGCGCGUAAAACGCCUCAUCUGUACAGCCACUAAGUGCAUGUUUAUUGUGCGUGACAAUCUUGCCUGCUGUGGCGGGAUAUUUAACUAAAUGGUUUUUUGUGAUGUCGAUGUACUGUUAAACCAAAUACUAUUAAAGUAUUUUAGAUUAAUAUGGGCUAAAGUUAUAAUAUUACUGGGUGUUUUCAAAAUCGUGGUUAUCUACUUUUUUCUAUAGUCUUUUUGUUGAAAAGACUGACUUAUACUCAUAAGUUGAAAAUCUACUUUCAUAAACAAUGUUGUGCUAUUCGUUUUGAAAAUGUUUUUUUUUUUUUCAUUUUCUGUUGUAGGAAGUGGGCGGCCCAAAGGUAUCUUAGGCUAGGUAAAGCGGUUUGGUCUGGCCAAAACCCGCUAGCUUUUAACUCUUGUACAUAUUAUAGCUCCAAGCUGCGAAAACUUGUAGCGUGAUUGAGAAUAUGGCGAUAAUUGCUCGGCCGCAAUGUUUUUAAAAUGUUGUUCUACAUGCCAAAAAAUUAAAUAUUUUUGGAAGCAAAAAAUAAGGCUGUGCCUCCACCAUAAACAAUAUUUUUAAAAUAUGUAUUGACAAUUUCUGAGAGAUUUUUGUUCUCACUUGGACUUUUUGCGGUAUGAAUCAAAUUUUUAGGUAUUAAAAUUACUUAUAAAAUCUUGUAAAUAAAUUUAAUAGGAUGUAAGUUAAGCACACGAAUUUGAAAUUGUGCAAUUUGUCUUGAUGUUUUCAAAGCAUGGUGUUUGUCUAAAAAUUAGUAAUAAAAUGUUAUAAUCAAUAUGAAAUCAAAGAAUAUUUGCUUGUGAAUGUGACUACAAUUUGGUGGUACUAAAUGAGUAUAUACUCCAUGUAUAUUUGGUAGUAUACUAACGGAAAUUUUAAUAAGAAUUUACGACUACUGUAACACUAUUAGGAAAGCUGCAAAUCAGCACGGUGUGGCACAGUUUAUUUUCUUAAAUGGUAACUUCAUAUUCCCAAAAUAAAACUGUACUGUGCUAAACACAUUUGUAACAUUUCUUAAUGAUGAUGUAAAAUCAUGGUGGUUUCUCAGAUAGGUUAAAGUAAAAAGUAUUUUAAUGUGUGAAUGUAAUUUAUAAUUGGAGAUAUUGUACAGUAAAUAAUUCUCGUCCCCGACGUUCUUUUGGGCGUAGGAUGGCUUAUUUGAGUACCUCUGUCACUAUUAUGGUAAGCGAUAACUUCCAAAUAAACUAUUCCUUAGGAGGUUGUAAAGGCCCCUAAAGCUGGCAUCACGUCGGAAUCGAGACGUACGAUUAGGCUACAUGCGGCGGUGCAAACGCGCGUUUUGGCCGCUACACUACGAGAUCACCAAACCCCCAAACCGCGCGUUCAGGCGGACGCAUCGUAAAUCUUACCUUAGCGCUAUGAGUAUUUACCUUAUUUAUGAUAUAAGGUUUAAUUACGGAUUUUGUCGCGAGGCACUUUUGUUAAACCCGACGU